UCUGUGCUCAACAAAAUGUAGACCAUUAAUUACAACAAAUCUGAAUUCUAAAGAGUACCGACAACGAUCUCGGCCAAAACCAAACUAUAAACACGCUUGCACUCUCGAUAAUGGAACUUUGAUGGUUGGUCGAGUUUAUCCCAUGAAAUUUCGCAUACGCCGGCAAUUUUCCGAAUGUUCCGAUUGUGAUAAGGAUCUGAAGCUGCAGGAAACUGUAACGGAUGCUAAUAAUCUUAUUUUACUUUCAAAUUGCUGCAAUGUCGAUAUCUAUUCCGAAAAUAAACUUGAUAACUGGCAUAUUGUGCCUGUGGGAAUGAUAUCUGGAGAUCAGAAAUUCUCCAAAAAAGUUAUAACCGAAGCAUGCGAACCCAAGAAGAAAGUGGAACUUGUUCCAGUUAAAGAACCCAAGAAUGUCACAAUAAAAGAGACUAAGAAAAAAAAGAAAAAGAAGAAGAAAAAGAAAGGCGCUAAGGGAAAGAAGGAAAAGAAGAAGAAAUAGAAUCCAACUUUUAUGUGAAUUACUUCAAAAAGUAGUUCAAAUUCACUUCAAGCGAAUUGAUUUAGUUGGAAUUGGAAUACUUCUUAAAGUAAUUCUAAUAAAAGAGUAUAUAAAUCACCAAAAUCUCCAAUUUAAAAAAGACUUCAAAAUCAGAUCAUCAAAAUUUGUUAUAAAAGUUAAAUAUAUAGUGCCUAACAAUAAUAAUAAAAACUGCCAUGCCUAUAUCAUUACUUAA